AUGAUUCUUCGACCCCCAGUUCCUCAUUUUGCGCGCUGUUUCACCUCUACCGCCCAUGUCUGCAAGAAAUUUUCAAUUAUUGGACGCGAACCUAUCAAAAUCCCUACCUCCGUUACAAUAACUCCCUCCCCGACUGCAGUGACGGUAACUGGACCGUUGGGAACAACUUCCGUUCCGCUGAAGACAUACAUGAAGAUUCAGUGCCCAGUUCCGGAAACGAUGAGGCUGAGCGUAGAAGAUGGCUCAGAGAAAUUGCAAAGGCAAAUGUGGGGCACUACACGAACUCUCAUUGCGAACGCUAUCACCGGCAUGACAGAAGGCUUCAGCGUUCCCCUAUAUCUGGUUGGCGUUGGUUACAGAGUGGCAAUGGAGGAGGAUCCUAGAGGGACGUCCGAGGGUGGGACUGGGAAGAGGCUGAGCAUGAAGGUCGGCUAUUCACACACCGUCUACGUUCCGAUACCUUCCUAUAUCAAAGCGGAAGUGCCCUCACCGACCAAAAUUGUGUUGUUCUGCACAGACAAGCAUCUCCUAGGUCUGUUCGCAGCGAAGAUUCGGGGAUACAGGGUUCCAGAACCAUACAAGGGCAAGGCAAGCCGCUUUCAUUACUCUUCAUUAACUGCUUUUGAUGCAUCACAUCCAGGGUGUUUUCGUCGGAAGUGA